AUGGCCGGAUACAAAGAAGAGACAGCCAAGCCAUGCUGCGAGUGCAAGGCGGAGGAUACCUGCACCUUCCCAUCGCCUCUGGAGGCCAUGAAGGGCGCUGCGAAGGAGAAAUUGAUGUACAUCCCGGCAGUCAACAUUGAGGACACCAAGACGAAGCCGGAUUAUAUGGCCACAGUGGACGUCGACCCGGAGAGCCCUUCCUACUGCCAAGUGAUCCACCGUCUGUACAUGCCGGUGGUGGGAGACGAGCUGCACCAUGUGGGCUGGAACGCCUGUGCCAGCUGCGUGGGACAGAAGGGCCGGCCCACCCACGCCUACCUGGUGUCGCCAGGGGUGAUCUCCGGGAACAUCUACUUCAUCGACGUUAAGUCGGACCCAAAGGUGCCGAAAUUCCACAAGGUCAUCGAAGGGAAGGAUCUUCUGGAGAAGUUUGGCGUCGCCUUCCCGCACACCGCUCACUGCGCGCCGGAGGAGAUCAUCAUGUCCUUCAUGGGCGGCAAGACCAAGGAGGGCAAGUAUAUCCCGGGGGGCGCGGGUUUCGUGACCUUCGACCCAGUGACUCUGGAGAUGAAGCGACGCUGGGAAGUGGGCAAGCAAAUCGACUUCAACUACGACUUUUGGUACCAGCCCAGGCGCAACGUCAUGGUCUCCUCUGAGUGGGGCGACCCCGAGUGCUUCACUAACGGCUUCAACCCGGCGCAUGUGGCAGACGGCCGAUACGGGCGCAAGCUCUAUGUCUGGAACUGGACCGAGCGCACGUUGAUUAAGGAGCUCGACCUGGGUGUGGGCGCGAUCCCCCUGGAGGUGCGCUUUCUUCACAACCCAGACAAGGCCGAGGGCUACGUGGGAAACGCGCUGAGCUCGGAGAUGGUGCGCUUCGUGGAACGAGAGGGCGAUUGGGUCUCGGAGAUCGCCAUCAAAGUGGAGCCCAUCGAGGUGGAGGGCUGGGCAUUGCCCGCCAUGCCCUCCUUGAUCACUGACUUUUGCAUCUCCUUGGAUGACAAGUACCUGUACUUCUCCAAUUGGUUGCAUGGGGACGUGCGGCAGUACGACAUCUCCGUGGAGCCUCCGCGCAUGGUGGGCCAGUGCUUCGUCGGUGGCUCGCUGAAGGCUGGGGGCCCGGUGAAGCGCAAGGACGGCCAGCCGCAGCCCGAGGCGCUGAAGGUGAAGGGCGUGGAGAUCCAGGGAGGAGCGCAGAUGGUGCAGCUCUCCUUGGACGGCAAGCGUCUCUACGUGUCCACGUCCUUGUUUUCCUCCUGGGACAGACAGUUCUAUCCCGAGAUGUUGAAACGGGGGGCGCAGCUCCUGCAGCUGGACGUGGACACGGAGAAGGGCGGCCUCACAGUGAACCCCGAGUUCCUUGUGGACUUUGGACAGGAACCUGACGGCCCAGUGUCCUGCCACGAGAUGCGGUUCCCCGGGGGCGACUCCACCAGCGACAUUUGGAUUUGA